GGAAAAUAAAAUAAGAGCCGUUGCGUGACCCCUUGCGAGAUAUCGUCAGCCCAUGCAACGAGGAAAUACCCGACUGGAAUUUCUUUGACCUAGCCGAUACGCCUCCUCCAUCUCCUCAACCCAAACUUCUCCUGCUGCCCCUUUGAGCUUUCGGAGAUACUUGUCGUAGUUUUCGAUCGAUCACGCGUUCGUCUUUCUACCGCAGACACAGGCACGGCUAGGUCAACCAUCUUGAAUUCGAUCAAGCACCAGCUUGUUGGCGACGGCGUCUACCCGCAUCCAUAAUCCUUAAACCCCCCUCAGUGAGACUAGCAUUGUACGAAGCGAUUCCUCGAAGCUCAAGAAGCUUGAGACUUGGAGCUUGGGCCACCUUGCGACGUUUCUGCGACCGACCACGACCGACCGAUUCCUGCCACGUACCGACUAGAUCAUCAUCAUGUUGAGGACAGGGUACGGAGCUGCCGAGACCCUCCUUAGAGGAGGCGCCAUCUUCCGGGGGGUUUUCAGGGACACCACAGUGGCUCGGACAUGGGCGCAGCAUAUCUCUAUCAAGAGCGCAGCGACACCACGGUUCCAGUACGCGAGCUUGUCGGCCAGAAUCAGACAGGCAUCGAAAGCCGGGCAGCCCAAGCAGUUUACCACGUCGUCAAGACGCCCAUUCCAGUCGUCGAGGCCGCGCCGGUCUGACAAGUCGUCGGAGAACGAGGGAGCCAAGGAGAAGGCCAAGGCCAAGGAGAAGGAGCCCGAGCCGACCGGAUUUAGCGCCAAGAUGAAGAAGCUGUCCAAGGAGUACGGCUGGACUGCUGUCGGAGUCUAUCUCGCUCUCAGCGUGCUAGACUUCCCUUUCUGCUUCCUGCUCGUGCGCACCGUCGGCACCGAGAAGAUUGCCCACAUCGAGCAUGUCGUCGUGUCAUGGUUUCAAAAAGUCAUUCCCCAGAAUGUCCAAGACUUCUGGCACAAAUAUCGGACGGCUUACAAGGAUAACAAGCGGGAACGCACUGGCGAGGAGCCUGAGGUCGGAUGGGGUGUUGAGGCCGCCGAGGAGCGGAGCAAGCAAGCUGGAGCCAGCUUGGCCACCCAGCUUGCUCUGGCGUAUGCGAUUCACAAGAGCUUCAUCUUUAUCAGAGUCCCUCUGACGGCUGCUAUCCUUCCCAAGGUCGUCAAGGUUCUCAGGUCUUGGGGCUACCAGAUCGGCACAAAGAAGGUGAAGACCGUUGUCAAGAAGCCUUGAAAGAAAAGAGUGCUUACCUUGCCUUGGAUACCCUGUUUUGACUGCUCAAUCUUUCCUUCAUGUUCAUCUUUCAGUUGUAUAUCCCUUGUUUGGAGGCUGGCGUUCCGUAGGUGGUGGUUGCAUUGCACAUAAAUAAGAAUCCCCUUUCUCAUAAUCCAGACAACACCAUACUGAACCUUGCAUUGUAGUACUUCUACACGCUUAGGUCACUACUUACCCGUUGGAGAAACGAGGUAGACAGUAUGUUGUUUGGAAUUCUACAUGCCACCAUGUUGUUUAGAUUGUCACAUUGUGUAUCGCUCGUUGUAUCCAUACACUGCAGCCGCAACUGACAACGGUCGAUCAUAUGCGAGAAGCGCACGGACCAGACACGAGCAUCAACACCACCUCAUGCACGCAAUUUACAUGGCUUUUCAUCCCCUC